AUGUAUGUCAACGUGAAGGGAUUAAGCGACCUUUGCGUUCGUGGCGGUGUCACGACCGAGCCUUCCUUGAUCGAAGAUUUUGUCCGGGGCUUCAAUGCUAGUUAUCCUCUCUUUGAUUUGGUCGAUAUCGGUGCUGGGAAAGAGAGCGCUCAUGAUAAGAUUGGAGACACACUGGCCGAUAGAGACCUCAUAGGCCGAGUUUCUCUGAUUGAGGGCCUCCCAUUUGCAAGCGACCUGGACUUAAUAAAAGCAUCGUACAGAGUUACUAAGUUCUCGGAUCUUUUCCGAGAUACGAAGAUAUCUGUAUGGGCACCUUGGAAGGCUGCGGUGGCCAGCAAACCCCGCGCCCUCCUCACCCCGUCGCCCGUCCAGCAUGUAACUCUCUCUCGAACGUCGACCAAUACUACGACAACCAGUAACAGCGUACCUACAUCUUCCUCGUCCACGACUACACCUAACUCCGGGGAGUUUCAAGUUGUGCGAUCAAAAUCAUCUGUCCCACCACCCCCCAAAAUCGUGGAACGAAACAAGUACGGCCAGCGUGUAGACCGGCUUGACUUUAAGACCAUCCCUCGGGAUGAGGUAAACCGCAUUAAAAAACUGAAACUGUGCAAUUUUUACUAUUUGCAAGGCGAAUGCCCUAAUGACAACUGUCAUCACGAUCAUUCGCGGAAAUUGACCAAGACCGAAUAUCAAGUUCUGACAGCCAUCGCCCGUAUGACUCCGUGUCGCUAUGGGCUGGAGUGCGAUGAUCCUGAAUGUUUCGGCGUUCUAUUCUGA